AACAUUUAUUGCGUCUUUGAAUGAAUAUAAGAACGUAGGUGACCAUUACGCGACCACUCAUGCAAGCUGAAUAUAUACAAUGAAAUAUAUUUUCUGCCUCUCUUUUUUCAUUGUCGGUGUUGCUACGAAAAUCACAUGUAGAUCAACAGUUAUGUGUCCACAUGUUUGGGCAAAAUACCCACGUUUGAAUCCUGAUAAGAAUUACUGCAGACGACUUAACUUCUUAAAAAAUUGUACUUUGAAUGCAUACCCGGGGUGUUAUCACAUCUACUUUAAUCGUUAUCAGGUAGAUUGCUUUGGAAAUACACCUUACUGUAACUCUGCGCCCCACUUUACGUCUUUGUACAACAUAAUAUUCUUACCUACGACAUGGAUGUUUGUCUGGUGAAAUUCAAAUACGGCUUAAAAGAAAAUAUUCGAUUUAUGAAUAUUUAUGAAAAUGCAUUUUGGGAAGACAAAAGUAUAACAGUGACUAAAAUCGUGAUCUAGAGCGGCUAAAGAAACUCAUUCAACUUUACCAAAAUAUUUCCAUGAAGAAGGGACACAUUCAGCCCUACUUUAUCGUGAGGCAGCGUCCUCUCUUUACUUGCUUAUAUAUCUCGCCUCGAUAUUCGCACAGCCUCUUUUCAGCGCCUCAGAAAAUUCAAGUAAAAUUUAUUCUUGAUCACCUAACCGACAACAAUUGAUACCUAUCCAUUAAAUAGUAUGGCAUCUUCAGUUUUGUACGAAUCUCGAGUGUCUUUUUUUCUCUCUCUCUCUUUUGAUAACUACAAUAAGGAAGAUCUCUGCAUUCCGAUAUUCUGACCGUACAACAACGGUUUAAUAAUUGAUAUCAUGUGUUUCCGAAUGAUUCAACAUUUCUUUACAGGCUUACGAUCUGGUUCGCUUUAUGCUCACAGUAUUUGGUACGACAAGCAUUUGUUGCUUUCUUAAAGAUGAAUAUUAAUAAAAGUGUUGUAAAAACGUUAA